GAAAUUCAUAAAUCAAAAAAGAACAUAGAUUUCUGUGCUUGGAUCAGUCAUCGAUAAAGACUUGCCCAUAUCCCAUGAGUUUACCCAGCGGAUCGGCAAUUAUUAGAAUUUGUGAGAACCAGUGGAUAAGGAAUUAUCGGUGCAAGUAUUUCUCAUCUUCCUUCCCACCCUCCUUCCACGAGUUUCUCAUCCUCGUAGAAGUUCAAGAGAAAAAAUGGCGAUGAUCCCGGCUGCCUUCGUCUCUAAAUUAUGUUGGUUGCUGUUUACCCAUGCAAACAAAGAGGCCGCCAAGAUCUUGGGUGUGCUCGACGAAAUCAAGAAGCUUCAUAGGAGGCUGGAGAGGAUCCAGGACGUUCUCGUUGAUGCAGAGAAUAAACGCUUCGAGAACCAGCCUAUCAACCAUUGGCUGAACGAGCUAAAAGAUCUCAUGUACGAUGCGGACGACAUCAUUGAUGAAUGCCGGAUUGAGGGCGAGAAGCUUCUCGGCUCAAACUCAUCCUCAUCUCGUUCUGUUGAGUCGGUACGUUGCUGCUACCCUCCUGUUGCUUGCUUACACAAAGUUAGAUUCCGUCAUGAGAUUGGCAAUAGAAUUAGAGAUCUCAACCUUAAGCUUGAAGAACUUGCCAAGGACAAAGCUGACCUCCAUCUUGCACCUGCUCCUCGUGAUCACUACUAUAAAACGAGAAUUAGCAACAAAACAUCUUCUCUACUUGUUCAACAUGAUAUUGUGGGAGAGAAAAUUGAGGAUGAUACAAGGACGUUGGUGGACUUGUUGAUAGGGGAAGAUAAGAGAAAAAUCAGUGUCUUUGCCAUUGUUGGCAUGGGCGGGAUAGGCAAAACUACUCUUGCUCAGAAGAUUUACGGUGAUGAGAAGCUUCGGGACAACUUCCACCAAAUGCCACGAAUUUGGUUGUGUGUGACCCAAGAUUUCUCCGAGUCCGAUUUGCUGAGAUCUAUCAUCAAACAAGCUGGAGGUGAUCCUGGAGAGGAUAAGGAAAAGGAAUUGCUUGAACCCAUGCUCAGCCAAGUCAUCACGAAUAGGAAGUUCUUCUUAAUCUUGGAUGAUGUUUGGGAUGCUCGAGUAUGGAAUGAACUAUUGAGAAAGCCCUUGCAGAGUGGUUUGGUAGAAAGCAGAAUUUUGAUAACAACUAGAAAUAGAGAGAUUGCCAAACAGAUGGAUGCAAUAUACAUUCAUAUGGUGGAGAAGUUGUCUCGAAGAGAUGGUUGGUCAUUAAUUUGCAAUAUGGUGUUUAAGGAAGGGAACGAACAAGAUAUGCAUGACUUAAGCGAUACAGGGAUGAAAAUUGUAGACAAAUGCGAUGGCCUUCCACUUGCUCUUAGGACUAUUGGAGGGGUUCUUCGAACCAAGGCGAAAAGGCAAUCGGAGUGGGUACAGGUCCUUUCUAACCCAGCAUGGACUUCUACGAACCUUCCAGAUGGGGUGAUGGGUGCUUUAUACUUGAGCUAUCAAGAUUUACCCCCUCCUCUCAAGCAGUGCUUCACUUGCCUUUCAUUAUUUCCCGAGAACUCCGUAAUUCAUGACGGUGUUUUUGUCAAUACUUGUAUUGCAGAGGGCUUUGUAACAUCCAAGGACAAUACGUGCUUGGAAGAUGUGGUGGAAGGGUAUUGGAAGGAGUUGAUGCAGAGGAACCUUCUACAGCCAGAUCCUGCAUAUUAUGAUGAAUUAGCAUGUAGGAUGCAUGACCUCCUGAGAUCUCUAGCUCAGCAUAUAGCACGGGAUGAGUGCUUCGUCGGAGAUGCACAAGCGUUUGAAAGAAAGAUCGAGGCGUCAUCAUCAUCAUCGACAAAACUACGCCAUUUAUCAAUUGUAGAUGAAAAAUUAGAAACCAUACCUGACUUGAUAAUGGACCAGAUAUCCUUGAGGACCCUGUCAUUCUUCCGUUCCCCACUUCUCAACAUUCUUCCCAAAGAUCUCUUUAGAAGGCUGAGACGUUUAAGGGUCCUAAACUUAAGUGAAACAAACAUUCACAACCUACCAACUUCCUUGGGAGAUCUUGCGCACCUGAGACGUCUUGAUCUCCGUGCGACUCCAAUAAGAGAGAUCCCAGAGAGUAUAGGGAAUCUUAGCAAUCUCCAAUUCCUGAUACUCCGGAAUUGCAAUUAUUUGCACAGCCUCCCUGGCAGUGUCCUCAGGUUAAUCAAUCUAAUGGUUCUGGACAUCUUGGGGACACAACUUGAUCGAUUACCAAUGGGAAUAGGGAGACUGCAACGAUUAAAUACAAUUUUGGGAUUUGUGGUGAAUGGUAGCGAGGGCUGCAGAUUCGGAGUAGGAGGAGAUGACAGGAAGCAAGAGCACAAAGGACGUCAACACGGUUGUUUUUGCACCUUGGAAGAGUUGAAAUCCCUCUCCCACCUCUACCAUCUUGGCAUAUACAACUUGGGAAGGGUAUCAAAUAGGACUGAAGCAAGAGCCGCUGCACUUCAAACCAAGCCCCAUCUCGCAGAUCUAUCUCUGAAUUGGACCCUACCAAACAGUCCUGAUGAUGUACAGCGGCCUCGUGCAAAUGAUUACGAGGAGGAAGAAAUCAAGAGAACAGGGGAGGUCAUCGAGGAGCUCUGCCCACCACCAUGCGUUGAACUUCUUGAAAUCCAUGGCUACUUCGGCCGUGAUUUUCCCGGCUGGAUGAUGACGCCCUCCCCAUCAUUGCUCCGCAACCUACGAAGGCUGGAUCUGAAGAAUUGUAUUCUAUGUCAGCAACUUCCGCCCUUGGGAAUGCUACCACAACUAGAUUACCUCUGGAUUAAAGGUGCUUCUGCAGUCAUGAGCAUCGGGCGUGAAUUCUUGUUGCUGGACUCUUGCUUCUCCUCCUCCUUUCCUAAACUAGAGACACUUGCGUUCGUAGACAUGCCUAAUUGGGAAGAAUGGUGGUGGCGGUGGGAGGAGGAGGACAACCUAACAACAUCGUUGCUACCUUCUCUCAAGAUAUUGACCAUUGGUGAAUGUCCGAAAUUGAGGUCUCUUCCGGAGAGCCUCCUUUGUCUUGCCACUGCCCUGAAGAGACUAAACAUUAAAGGUGCUCAUAGCCUGAGAGAAAUACAGAAUCUCCACUCUCUUACAGAAUUGCUCCUGAUGGACAACUCCAGUUUGGAGAGAGUGUCGAACUUUUCGGCACUAAAAGACCUAUCGAUUCGUAAUUGCGAGGAGUUGAAGGCUGUGGAGGGUGUGGAUGCCAUAGAGCACAUAGAGCUCGAUGAUCGAGAAGCUGAAAACUCUCUUCCGGAGUGGUUAGUAGGUGCUGGGGAAGAACGACCGCGUUUCCCUUCGCUCCGCAAGUUGAUUCUCAAAAACAAAAUAUAUCAUGCCACCGCCCUCGAGGGAUUACAAAUUAGUACGACCUACAGCCUGAACCAUCAGAGAUUGUGGAGAGAAGAAGAUUAUGGUUUCGCAAUGCAACCUUUCUGCUCGAAUGCAUCGUGCCCAAAACCCAGCCCACCAAAGCCC